AUGCGAUUUAAAACAACUCUCCUCUCAGCCGCCUGGUGCGGGGUAACUUUAGUGGGGGCACAUGCCCAUCACGAGCCCGAUGCUGAGAUACCGCUUCAUGAGCGGGAAUUCGAGAAGGAAUCGGCGGAGGGGCUGGAGAAGAAAUGGGGUUUUGAGUGGUCAUUCUCAGGAGUGAGCACCUUCGCACAUCUCGAGCAUGUCAGGUGCUUGACGAAGCCAGAUACGCCGUUCGAUAUCGGCAUCUUGGGAGUCCCAUUUGAUACGGCUGUUUCUUACCGUCCAGGAGCACGAUUCGGACCUCGCGCCAUACGAGCAGCCUCAGCCCGUCAAACCUCAUUCCGAGGCUUCAACACCCGCGCAUCCAUAAAUCCCUACUCCUCAUGGGCCAAAGUCCUCGACUGCGGCGACAUUCCCGUCUCUCCCUUCGACAACGCCAUCGCUCUGGCUCAAAUGACAUCCGCCUACCUAGAACUCGGUCACCGGUCUUCUCUAUCUUCUUCCCUCGCUCACCCAAAGAUCAUUUCUCUCGGUGGCGACCACUCAUUAGCAUUAGCAGCAUUAAGAGGUUUGAAAAAAGUAUACGGAAAACCAAUAGCAGUCCUACACUUCGACGCACACCUCGACACGUGGCAUCCAUCCAAAUAUCCCACGCCAUGGCCAAGUAAACAAGCAGAUUUCACCCACGGAACAAUGUUCUGGACAGCAUCAAACGAAGGACUCAUAUUGAACGGUUCCAGCGUACAUGCUGGCCUACGAACAAGAUUAAGCGGUUCCGAUUGGGGUGAUUAUGAAGAUGACGAUACGCAAGGAUUCCUCCGCAUCUCAUCCGAUGACAUUGAUGAUUUGCGCCCCAAAGGAAUCAUCGAGAAAAUCAUGGCUAGAAUGGGGACAGAAACUCCCGUCUACCUCAGCGUCGACAUCGAUGUCCUUGAUCCAGGACUCGCGCCCGGAACCGGAACGCCUGAACCGGGUGGAUGGACGAGUCGAGAACUGAUUCGCAUUUUGAGAGGUAUAGAAGGAUUGAAUGUAGUAGGUGCGGAUAUCGUGGAGGUUGCGCCGGCGUAUGAUGGUGUUGGGGAACAGACUGCGUUGGCGGGUGCGCAGGUUGCGUAUGAGAUUUUGACGAGUAUGGUGAAGAGGGGGCUUGUCGAUAUGGGGAAGGUGUCUGAGGUUCCGAAACCAACUGUUAAGGGAGGCGUGAAGGAUGAGUUGUGA